AUGGGUAGCACCAAUGCCAAUGCCACUGCCACUACUAGUACUGGUAAUACGGGCAGUGCUUAUCGACCUCCUCCCAGACCUCCCAGUGAUGACAGCGGCACGGUUCCCAUGCCGGCGACACCAGCGGAUGAAACUACUGAUGAUACGGAUGGUGAUAUUCCCAUCAACUUGGCUGGCUCGAUAGAUGUAGAUGGUAUCACUACCGGAGAUACUACGGGAGACACUCGUGCCACCAGACCUAUGAGUGCAGCCUCAGUAGCUACUAGUGCUGCCAGUACUAGUAGUGGUAGUACUGAAACGGCGGCCCUGGGCAGUGGCAUUGUGGUCCCUCACCGCACUCUAACGGCCACGUGUCUCAUGACGAUUGACUUUUUUAGCGAACACGACGACCAAGAUGGACUCCGACCACGACCUCCUCCACCGACUCCCACACUGCAAGAACUCAAUGCCAUGCUCUUUGAAACGCAACGAUUUGUCAAUCAUUUAUAUGCCACGGAUUUGGGAUCGGCUCAUGAGUUUGUGGGAUUUGCCAUUUCCAAUAGUCAAUUACGAGCACAAUCACAGCAGCAAGGAUAUCAAGUGCAAGUGGCCUAUCGGGGCGUUUACAAUUUCCUACAAUCGUCCACCAUGGACAAGGAUACCAUUCUACGAAUCUUGUACGAAGCGGAUUAUCCCGAUUUCAUUACCAACUACAUUUGGCUCAGUCCGCCUGCCAAACAAAAUGUCUUUUACGAUACCCAUCAAGUACAGAUUGUUUGUCAAUAACAUGCAUUACCUCAUAUUACUAACGGUAUUAUGACAUGACAUGACAUGACAUGACAUGACAUGCAAGUAUAUAUACAGGAAUGCUUGCAUGGGUGGCUCCAUGGAUGUGUUUUUGCAUGCGUGAGAGAGUGAGAAGGGGUAAUGUCAUCGUUACUCAAAAAUUUUAAAAUGCAGCCAUCACAGAAUUUUCAAAAAAGGGCGGUAC